AUCGCGGGGCGAGAGAGGUGACUUCCAAGAGCGCCGUCCGAGACAGCCCAGCGAGGCCGGUGGCCAACUUCCACUUUACUCGGGAUAUUUUCACUUUCGGGGCAUCUUGAUCUGAGUCAAGAUUCCUCCUUCUGAACAUGGGACUUUCCAGAAGGACCGCGGCCUCCUCCCGCGCGUCCCCUUGACCCGGGCGUCCUGGAUCGGGGGCUGUGGAAGGAGCCGCGGGCCUCGCGGACCAAGGCGGCCAUGGGCUCCCUGCGGACGCUGCUCCUCUGGGGAGUUCUUUCAGCACUGCUCCCCACGGCGGCCCCCCGCGCCCCAGUGCUGCUCUCCGCGGCGGCCCCCCGCAUCCCAGUGCACGGCCAAGUUGGGGGCUCGGUGCUGCUGGAGGUAGAGCGCCCUGCUGGCUUCCAGGUCCGAGAGGCCAUCUGGAGAUCUCUCUGGCCUUCGGAGGAGCUCCUGGCCACGUUUUUCCGGGGCUUCCCCGAGACCCUGUACCGCUCCCGCUUCCUGGGCCGAGCCCAGCUUCACAGCAACCUCAGCCUGGAGCUCCAGUCCCUGGAGUCUGGGGACAGCGGCAACUUCUCGGUGCUGCUCGUGGACACGGGCGGCAGGGCCUGCACCCGGGUCCUGCAGCUCAAGGUGUACGACUCAGUGCCCAGGCCCGUGGUACAAGUAUUCAUUGCUGCACCAGGGGACGCCCAUCCCCCCAAGACUUGCCAGGUGUUCCUGUCCUGCUGGGCCCCCAACAUCAGUGACAUAACCUAUAGCUGGCGACGGGAGGGGCCCACUGACUUCGGUAUCGAACCAAGCGGCCUCUUCACGGAUGGACAGGCGCUGAGGGUUUCACUGGGACCAGGAGACAAGAGCGUGGCCUAUUCCUGCAUUGUCUCCAACCCCGUCAGCUGGGACUUGGCCACCGUCACCCCUUGGGAGAGCUGCCUUCGCGAGGCAGGAAAGUCCUACAGAGAUGUGCUGCUGGUGGUGCUGCCCGUCUCCCUGCUCCUGACCCUGGCUGGUCUCCUGUCCGCCUGGCACUCCUACUACUCAGGGAAGAAGCACAAGAACGUCUGUGCUGACAGAGUGGCUCCAGAGACAGAGAGCUCCCUGGUGUAGGGUCUGCCUUGAAGGACGACGUAAACUUGCCUGGGCCAUCAGGAAGCGCACUGCCCAAGCACGAUGGACGUGGCUGGUGUCUGGAAACCACCAGGUCCUCAUACCUCCCAUGAGACUCCUGUCCCACCUCCAGGAGCUCCCAGCUCUUGCACUGGGAGCCGCCAAGCAGAAAACACUGGCACAACCUUCCUGCAUCCCCUUCUUCUCCCCCUCCUCCUUGCAGGUCCUGGCUCUGCUUGGGGCAAGACAACAGACCACCCCCUCAAAGACGCCGGACGUUCUCCAGAGACGUAAAUAGGCCUGGGCAUUCACCGCCACCACCCCCACCAGCCACCACCACUGCCCAUGACGUAUUGUUGUAGACUGGGUUCGUCUCUUCAAAAUCCACGUGUGGAAGUCUUAACCCCCAAUACCUCAGAAUAAGACUGUAUCUGGAAAAGAGAUCAUUAAAAUCACACCACGUAAUUGGGAUGGGCCCUAAUCCAAUAUGACUGGUGUCCUUAUAAAAGAAGGAGAGACCCCAGGGACGCACGCCCAGAGAAAAGGCCAUGGGAGGACACGGAGAGAAGGAAGACAUCUACGAGCCAGGAGAGAGGCCUCAGAAGAAACUAGACCUGCCGACACCUUGAUCUCGCGCUUUUAGUGUCCAAGAUUAUGAGAAAAUACAGUUCUGUUGUGAAAGCCGC